GAGCGAUAGGGGAUGGAUCACUUGAUGAUUACCUGUUCUGUUCAUUCCCUCUGGGGCACCUGGCACUGGACACUGUCGGAAGACAGGAUACUGGGCUAGAUGGACCUUUGGUCUUACCCAGUAUGGCUGUUCUUAUUUUAAGUCAACAGUAGUUGUUGAUUGCGCGGCACUUUUGAAAAUUAGGACAUUUACUUAAGUGCAUGAAAAUAGAGUUUAGGCACUUUGGGCACUCGUUUCUAAAAAUCUUGGCCACAGAUUCUGCAAAGGGCUCAUACUUCUAUCAUGCCAUAGCUCUUUUGGCAUAAAGCAGCUUGCUCUCAACAUCAUGUGGUACUGUAUCAUGAGUGGUAAAUGUCACACUUGUAUGGAUAAUGCCUUAUGACAUGGGGGGAGAGGGGGCCCUCCUGUUUAUGUAGGUGUAGCAACAUCGUCUCAAAAAAAUUGAUCAAGAUGGAAGCACACCAGUGGGACAAUGUGGGGAAGCCUGCACUUUCACUGACUUUGCUAUAUUUUGUUGCACAAUGUAAGACAGGGUUGUCAGGUCAACCUUUCAUGAGCACUAUGUUCAUUUCACAUGAAAAAUAUGAUAUUUAGCUCUCUAAGAUUUUAAAGGUAUAUUUUGUGUAGAGUGUUAAUAUGAAAUUACAAUGAGUUGAAAGAAAAAUGAUCAGACUUGCAUUAUUUCUAUACAACUGUUUAUCUGUGUUCCUUAAGAACGCUUGGCUACCUUUGGAUAUUAAAUAAAGUACGUAAAGAAGAAUUUUACAUUGAACCAUAGGUUUAUUAGCAGGCUGUGCACUGCACUGCACUUAACUACUUGAUUUUUUAAGUAGAAGAAAACCUGCUCCUUUCAUGACUGAAAACAGUUCUAUUUUGAUGAGAAAACAGCUACUGAUACUUUAAAAUAAAAAUUUUGCAAUCAUUUUGCACAAGAACAGGUUUUUUGAGUGGAGGUGUUUUCAUUUCUCUGUAUGUGGGAUGUAUGUACUUAUCUUUUGUUUGUAUUAAUGGGAGUUAAAUAUGUAAUUUCCCUGUGUUCUGGAUGAAAAUAGGCUGUGUGCUUCUUAGUAUGUAUUCCGGGCUCUCCAGUACAUUUAUGAGGGCCCUAGGUGAGCAAAAAAGUCAAUUAUGGUAGAAAGAACAGAUUUUAAAAUUCAGUUAUUUUCUGAUGAUUUUCUCCAAGGCCACUUAAUAUUUUGUUAAUAGGAUUUAUGAAUACAUCCCAGCUCAAAAGGAGGUACACUUUGUCUGUGUCAAAAGUACUUCAAGGAGAAAGCCAUACCCAAGGCAUCUUGCAUAUGAAUCUUGAUAAUGACAACGCAAGAAAAAGAAAUUGGGGAUUGUUGGUCCCUGGCAUUGUUGGUGGGACACUGGUAGUACUGUAUACUGUUGCCACUCCAUUCAUAACUCCAGCACUGAGAAAAAUUUGCCUUCCUUUUGUACCUGCAACUUCAAUUCAGAUUGAAAAUGUUUUGAAAAUGUUACAGUACAGAAGUGGAUCUCUGGUUGACAUAGGUAGCGGUGAUGGACGUAUUGUGAGUUAUAAAACUCUGGCUCCUCUAAAUUCAUGUACAUCAAACAGUGUUAUAAAAGUGAUAGCGGCUGCAAAAGAAGGAUUCAAAGCUGUUGGUUAUGAAUUAAAUCCCUGGCUAGUCUGGUACUCCAAAUACUGUGCUUGGAGAGAAGGGAUGCAUCAUAAUGCCAAAUUUUAUAUUUCAGAUUUGUGGAAGGUUAGCUUUUCCCAGUAUACAAAUGUUGUUGUUUUUGGGGUACCUCAAAUGAUGCCACAGUUGGAGAAGAAGCUUGAAGAAGAACUUGAUCACAAUGCCAGAGUUGUUGCCUGCCGUUUUCCUUUCCCACAUUGGAUGCCAGAUCAUACUACUGGAGAAGGAAUAGAUAAGGUGUGGGCCUAUGAUUCAAAAGCUUUCAAAGGAAAUUUAAAGACACGCUCAGAAACUCUGCAAAAGAUGCAUCCUUUGUAAGAUUUCAUGUUAAAAAAUGUUGUUGAAGCUAACUUUAAAUGGUGACCAUCUGAUUUGGUUCUUAGUUUACUUAAAGUGGUGGAAGGAUAACAAUAAGUAACACUGAAUGUUUCUUAAACCCAUUUAAUUGUCAGAAUGUCUUGUGGUGUUAAGCAAAACUUCAUUGUAGUAUUUUAAAUGACAGCAAAGUGAAGGACAGUAAAAUGUAGACAAGGUAUACCAUGGAAAAAUGCAAAAAAGACUUGUAUGCAUUGAUUACAAGAAGAAACUCAAGAAAUUUUGUUAGUAUAAUUUUUUAAAAAUUCAACAUGAAAAGUUGUAGGAUGCAGACAAGGUUCAGUACUGUUAAGGACACAUGUAUAAACUAAAUGCUCUACUAAUAUUAAAGUUAUUUUUAACUGA